AUGUCGCCGCCAUCAGGAUCGAUAUUUUCGAGCAUGCCGAUUUUCUCAACAGCUCCAACUGUUAACCUGGGCAUGUCUAUUCGUAACCGUUUACUUGCUGAUUCUCCAGUGGUCAUAAUGACAAGAAAAGACCUAGGACCGUGGACAGUAGUUGCUGGCGGCGACAUCAUGCUGGUCGUCGGGGCCAAGAUGGUCCAAGUCUGGCUACAUCGCUUCGAACCUAUCUGCUCCCUCUGGUGUGAAACAGCAACGGGCUCAGUCAACAGACCCCAUCUUCAAGCAGGGUUCGAACUUCUUAUCGCGUCACACUGGCUUGACCACGGCGAAGGUUUCUUCAUCAUCCAGCUUUUCAUUCGCACUGAUGCCCCAGUUCUAAAAUAUGCCCCGGGAACACCCAACGAGCACCUUGGCUUGAAGUCGGGCAAAUCUGUGCAGCUCGCAAACUUCACAAACCACGUGAAUAUUGGCCUCUGCCUUGGAUGCUUUUCCACAGCCAAGAGAGCUUCGUUGAACGAGCGCGUUACUGCUUCACAAGGCGGCAUCUGUGGUAAGCCCACAAACAAGGAAGAAUGGAUGAUCCUGAAGCUCGCUGUCGUGACGAAUAAAGCUAAGAUCCUGCAAGAGUGCAAGACAUUGUCUCAACCCAGUGCAAAGGCAUCCGUAUACAUAGAUUCGCUAUUGCCAAUAAGACUGGUGCGCCGCGACUUCAGCGCCAUCACCAAGAACAUCUUCUCAUACUCCGGAGAGGUGGUGUCAAGAGAAGACCUCGACGCCUUUCAAUUUGAGAAAGAGUGGUCGGCACUCACCCUCCUCAUCCCCGAACGCAACAUCCAAAGAAUCUCCAACACGACUAUACCGCGACUCAAACGCAGCAAAGACGCGGCUCCAUCAACAUCACUAGCGAAACGCCUUAUAUAUAUCACCCGAGACCACUCCGAUGUGCUCUAUUCCAUGUCCAGGCAGGAAUGUAUCGCAAUGAUAAUUACGCUCCGGGUACUCUAUGGGUCAGACAUUGAGUGA